AUGACUGAGCUGGAGAAAGCUGAAGAGGCUAUUAAAAGCCAUGAAGAUGCAUCAAAAAUUGUUGAACUGAAAAUGAAAAAAUCUCGGUGUAAAGCAAAAUUCACACGAACAAAAAACAAAUUAAUAGAUGAGAUGAAUGAUGAAACACCGGACACAGAUCUAAUGAAAGAAUUAAUAGACAAAUUAGAGACUGCAAUGGAUGGUGCCACGGAGGCAAUAGAAGAAGUAUGUAAUGAAUACAAAUUGCAAGCGAAAACAAAAGAAAUGGUUUCUACUAUGUCGGAAGUUGAAGCUAUUGAAAAAGAGUACGAUAAAGUUAUAAAGGACUAUCAUGCCUUGCAGAAUGAAACAACAGUAGUGUCAGAUGCAGGUGAAGACACAAGUGAUAAAAAGCAACUAGAUUUAGACUUAACACGCCAGAUGAAAAGAGUCGCGAUACCAGUAUUUCAUGGAAAUAAGCAAGAUUUUCCGUUUUGGGUUGCAGCGUUCAGUGCUUGCAUUGACAGUACAGAUGCGUCACCGGAAUAUAAAUUUUUACAAAUGCGACAGUACUUGAAAGGAGAAGCCUUGAAAACGGUAGAAGGCUUAGGACAUUCAGAAGUAGCCUACGAAAAAGCAAAAGAAAGGCUUGAAAGAAAAUAUGGAGGCACAAGGAGAAGAAUCGCGCUAUUUAUGGAGGAAUUAGAAAAUUUCCCACCUAUGAAAGUUGAAAAUGCUAAAGAGAUUGAAAAAUUUGCGGACAUUUUAGACAUUGCCAUAAUAAAUAUGAAAGAAGAAAAUUAUGGAGAUAUAAAUGAUGGAGCACUGUACAUGCGUGUUCAAAAGAAAAUGCCAGAAACUUUGUUAGCGAGAUACCAUAGGUGGAUAGGAAGUUCAGGAAAGAAAGAAUCACUUGAACAGUUAAAGGAUUGGGUGAUUCAAGAAAGUCAGUACCUUACUAUUGCUUCAGAAACAAUUCAUGGACUUAGGUCAGAAAACGAGAAAAAAUACUCACCGAAAUCAAGUGCUAGAACACGAUCGUACUAUGCUAAUCCACAAAUAGAGAAAAAGAAGAAAAUCUGUGGGGUAUGUGACAAUGAACAUGAGACACACCAAUGUGAAAAAUUUAAAGCUAUGGAUGUUCCAAGUCGUUGGGCGAUGGCAAAGGAAAAACACCUAUGUUUUCGAUGUUUACGGAACAAUCACAGAGGAAAUGAAUGUCGUCUUUACCGAAAAUGUAACAUAGACGGGUGUGUGAAAACACAUGAUAAACUUUUGCACUCAACCAAUGACCAAUCAAAACAGGGCUUUAGUUUGAAUGUAAAUGCACAAGAAUUUACUUCAGGUACAAACACAGAUGAACAAGCAUUUACCAGCAGACAAGCAAAUAGUAAAAUUGCUUUGAGAACAGUUCCAGUAAUUAUAUCAACUGAAAUGCGAACAUUGAAAAUUAAUGCAUUAUUGGAUGAUGGAAGUUCUAAAACUUACAUAAAUGAAGAUGUUGCAUAUGAGUUAGGUUUAGAUGGAGAGUCGGAAACCGUGAAAGUUAAUUUGUUAAAUGGUAUGACAGAGAGUUUUUCGACUAAAACAGUAGCAUUUUGUAUUGAAAGUGAAAAUAGACAGCUAAAAAUGAACAUAGAAGCAAACACUACUAAAAAUGUAACUGGAUCGUUGAAAGCAGUUAACUGGAAUGAACAUUGCGGAAGUUGGGAUCACUUGAAGGGAAUACCAUUUCCAAACAUUACAAAGAAAAGUAAAGUAGAUUUACUGAUCGGCAUCGAUUAUUCAGAUUUGCACAGGUCAUUGAAUGAAAUUAAGGGAGCGCCAGGAGAACCUAUCGCAAGAUUAACGCCACUAGGUUGGACAUGCGUGGGACCAGUCGUAUCGCAAAGUAUUGAAGAAGAUAAAAAUUUCUUCACAUUUUUCGGUAGCACAUUAGAUGAAACAAUUAAGCAGUUUUGGGAAAUAGAACAUGUAAAAGUGGACAAACCGGAACUGUCACAAGAAGAAAAUGUUGCUCUUGGAAAAGCGAAAGAUACAAUAGAGUAUACAGAAAAAAUGUAUGAAAUAGGAAUACCAUGGAAAGAGAAUAAUGUCGAGUUGCCGAACAAUUAUGACAUGGCAUUGACUCGUUUACAGAACACUGAAAGAAGGCUCGAUAAAAACCCAACAGUUAGCAAGGCAUACAGUGAGAUAAUUAAGAGCUAUGAAGAGAAAGGGUACAUUACAAAGAUAACUGAAUCUGUGCCUCAAAAUAGCCAGUCAUGGUAUUUACCACAUUUCCCAGUAAUUAGACCUGAAAAGGAAACAACAAAAGUACGUAUCGUGUUUGACGCUUCCGCGAAGUAUCAGAAUGUAUGUCUGAAUGAUGUAGUCUACGCUGGACCAAAACUGCAGAAUGAAUUGUUUGAUGUUCUUCUCCGUUUUCGAAAGAAGCCAGUGGCUAUUGUUUGCGAUAUAGCAGAAAUGUAUCUUCGAGUCGGUAUCCUUGAAACUGAUAGACGUUUCCAUCGAUUUCUUUGGAAUUCAAAAUGUGACCCACCAGAACAGUAUGAAUUCAAUCGAUUAGUAUUUGGAGUAAAUGCGUCUCCUUUCUUAGCUCAGUUUGUAGCUCAAGAAAAUGCAAAAGCUUUUAAAGAACAGUUUCCUCGAGCUUCAGAGAGUGUGAUGAAAUCUACAUACAUGGACGAUACAAUGGACUCUGUAGGAAAUGAAAAUGAAGCAAUGAAUCUUUAUCAUGAACUGUCAGAAUUAUGGAAGUUAGCAGGCAUGAACCCAAGAAAAUGGAUGACAAAUUCAACUGCAGUCUUAGCUGAAAUACCUCAAGAUGAAAGAGCAUAUAAAGCUGAGGUUAAGGCAAAUAGUGAAUUACCAGCAAUUAAAACAUUAGGUUUAAGUUGGGAUUCUCAAGAAGAUGUGUUUUCGUUCAGUAACACAUUAUCGCUUGUCUCGGGAAAAAAGUUAACCAAACGAAUUGUGUUGAAAAACAUAGCAAGAUUGUUCGAUCCACUAGGUUUUCUCACUCCGUUCACUGUGCGCGCAAAAAUGAUUAUGCAAGACAUAUGGGUGACUGGAGUAGACUGGGAUGAUGAACUGCCUGAAGAGUUGUCUGAGGAAAUAAAAAAGUGGUUUUCAGAACUAGAACAGUUAAAUGAACUACAAGUGCCAAGGUGUCUCGAUAUAAGGAUAGAUAGUACACUACACACCUUUGUCGACGCGUCAACUAAGGCAUAUGGGGCAGUUGUAUAUUCUGUAAACGGUGGAGAUAGCGGACAGACUGUGAAUUUGAUAGCCUCGAAAAGCAGGGUCGCUCCUUUGAAAUCCAUAAGUAUUCCUAGACUUGAAUUGUUAGCUGCUAGCCUUGGACUACAGUUGACACAGGCAAUAUGUAAUGUGUUGGACAUGCCAGUUGAAAACGUGGUAUUCUGGUCGGAUAGUAUGAAUGUGCUUUACUGGAUUCAUGGAGCAAGUAGACAAUAUAAAACAUUUGUAGCAAAUCGUGUAGGGUCAAUUCAUGAAAUAACAUCUCCAAGUCAGUGGCGUCACGUACCAACAGUAAAUAAUCCAGCAGAUUUGACAUCGCGAGGAAGUUUGAUUCUAGAAUUGUCAGAUUGUUCGUUUUGGUGGCACGGACCAGAAUUUCUAAAAUACGCAGAGGAACACUGGCCGGAAAAUAGGUUUGAAAUGACUAAAGAAGUGAAAGUUGAAAUGAAACGAAAAUCUAAAACUGACAAGAAAUACAAUUUUGUAAUUACUACGAAAGAAGAGGAUAGGCUUAAUCCUACUAACUAUUCAGACUGGAAUCAUUUAGUUAGAAUUAGUGCAUGGAUUAAUAGAUUCAUAGACAAUUGUCAAAUGUCAAAGAGAGAUAGAAGGUUGUCAAAAGAACUGUGCUUAAGUGAAAUCGACGAGGCAGAGAAAAGACUUAUAAGAAUAGCCCAAAUUGAAUGUUUUGAACAAGAAUAUACGUGCAUUUCGAAAGUGAAACAGAACCAUGAGCUCGUUAAUCACGGCGGUACAAACCAAACAUUGUCAUCAUUAUCAAGCAGAUUCUGGAUUAUAUCGGCACGCGAAGAAAUUCGACAGUGGGAGAACAUUUGUGCUGAAUGUAGACGCCGUAAAGCAAAGGCAAGCAAGCAAAUAAUGGCACCACUACCUGUUGAACGUUUAAGUCAUUCAGUCAGGGCGUUUGCAAACACAGGGGUGGACUACGCGGGUCCAUUCGUUACUAAGCAAGGUCGUGGAAAAGUUCGGCUCAAACGUUAUCUUUGUGUGUUCACAUGUUUAGUGACGCGGGCGGUGCAUUUAGAAAUUUCGUACAAUAUGGACACAAACUCUUUCUUGAACACACUGUAUAGAUUUAUCAGUCGGAGAGGUGUUCCUGACACUAUAGUUUCAGACAACGGUAGCAACUUCGUUGGUUGUGUGAAUGAAUUGAGAGAACUGUACAGACAACUGGAUGAAGACGCCAUUAUUCAUUAUGCUAAUGAAAAACGUAUAAACUGGAAGUUUUUGCCGCCAAAUGCCCCCCAUUUUGGCGGAGCUCAUGAAUCAAUGGUUAAGUGCGCUAAGAGAGCUUUGUUCGCCAUACUGAAAAACGGGGACAUCACAGAUGAAGAGUUGAUAACAGCAGUUGUUGGAGCGGAAGGCUUGAUUAACAGCAGGCCUUUAACGUAUCAGAGUUCGAAUCCAAAAGACAACACGGUUUUGACGCCAAAUCAUUUUCUCUAUGGACAGGCUGGUGGCAAUUUUGCACCAGAUAUUAACAAUGUUACUUCUAGAGAUCUACAACGUAGAUGGCGUUUCGUUCAAGAACUUUUAAGACACUUUUGGAAACGUUGGCUCCAAGAGUAUCUUCCUACACUUGGUGUACGCAAUAAAUGGUUUCUGGGUACUCGAGAUUUCACAGUCGGGGAUAUCGUUAUGGUCAUUGAUCCAGACGUUCCGAGAGGUCAGUGGCAUCUUGGGCGAAUCACGAAGGUAUUUCCAGGACGGGAUGGUCAUGUUCGAGUAGCUGAGGUUCACAUUGGAAAAUAA